CAUUCUCAGUAACAAAACACUACGCGGACCGAACGCGCGCGUUCCAUUUUCAAAAUAAACAAAUGAGUGUCGAUUGAUAAAACGCACGUUGUGGCCGUGAAAAGUCGAAUGUUUUGUUUGAAUUUUGUUUUUUGAAACAGUUAACGGCUUUUCGCGGGAAUCUGUGUCCGCGUUGUUGUAACAGGCUGAUUUUUAGUUUUUUUUUUUGUUGAACGCGGUUUUUACGAUAACCCUGUUUUCGGUGCGCUAAAAUGAGGUGUUAUCUUCGUGAUGUGCUUGUGUUUCAAAACUGAUGGAAAAUCGAUGUACAACAAAAACAUGGUUUAGGAUCGAUUUGUGACUAAAAUAUCUCAGUAUCAGCUCAACUAUCAAUGUGGACGGACGUGCUCUGAGAAAGAAGCGAGAGAGAAAAAUAAACAGUGAAAAUGGAUAAGGACAACAAAAUGGAAAGGUUGAAAAACCGCCUAAUUAGGAUACAAGGGAAGAUCCAAGACAGAAUGGAAGAUUUUCAAGACCAAGUCCAAAACAAAUACGAGAAGUCAAAGAUAUCGAAAUUCAUAUCUCACAUAUCAGAAGACCGGAGUUCUAUUGAAGGAGACUCGAAUGAAGAUAAAACCACAGAUGGUGAUAAUAUCUCCACAGAAUCCGGUAAAAUAGCAGUAAGUGAUAGUAGAAGAACCAGCAUUAUUCCCUCUGUGGUGGUUGAUGAGCCAGCAGAUAGCGAUAAGCAGAUUUGUGAGGACUUUAUAAGUGUAGAAAGAGAUGGAGUUUUGUACAAAAGAAGGAGCUUGUCUACUUCGGACCUAGCAUUUGAUGACAACAGUGAUAGCACGAGUGAAUCCUGUGUGUCUUGUUUGUCUUCUAGCGAUGAGAGAGCGAUAGAACCUCGUCCCAGAGCUGGAAGUCUACCUCCAGGAGCGAAUCUGGAGCUUCCAUCAGCGUUUUCCACGUACACCGACAUCAUUGAGAGAAUCGGCCACAGGUUCCCUAACUUGAAGAGCAAGAGCGACAGAUUUCAUAGGUACCUACUCAAGAACACGCGGCUGAGUGACGUGAACAAACGGCUGAAGGCUCAGAUCUGGAGCUCCGUCGUCACCAUCGUGCUGGUGGAAGCGAAGAACCUGCCUGCUAUGGACAUCGACACUAGAUCCAGCGACCCUUACUGCAAGUUCAGGUUAGGCAACGAAAAAUACAAGAGCAAGGUGGUGUGGAAGACUCUCCAUCCGUCUUGGUUGGAGCAGUUCGACCUUCACCUGUACGAUGACCAGGAACAGAUAUUGGAGGUCACCGUUUGGGAUAAGGACAAGCAGACGAAAGACGACUACAUUGGAAGGUGCACAAUAGACCUAUCAAAAUUAGAGAGAGAAAUAACACACAACAUUUGGCAAGACUUAGAAGAUGGAAAUGGUCAGAUAUUUCUUUUGUUAACGAUAAGUGGGACCACUCAGUCGGAAACUAUUACAGAUUUGGCGAGUUAUAGAGAAAAUCCGAGAGACAUAGAAAUAAUUGAGAGGAGAUACGCGUGGCAUCGCUUAAAUGAAAAUUCUAGCGGAGUUGGCUGGCUUUGCGUCAAAGUUUACGGUGCUAAAGGAUUAGCGGCUGCGGAUUUGGGUGGCAAAUCGGAUCCAUUUUGUGUACUAGAACUUGGAAAUGCCAGGCUACAAACGCAUACUGAGUACAAAACUUUAGCACCGAAUUGGAUGAAGAUAUUCACUUUCACAGUUAAGGACAUAAGUUCUAUCCUAGAACUUACAGUGUAUGAUGAAGACCAUGAUCAUAAAGUUGAGUUCUUAGGGAAAUUAGCAGUACCACUGCUAAAUAUUAGAAAUGGAGAAAAGAGGUGGUAUGCUCUAAAGGACAAAAAAAUGAGAGCCCGAGCAAAAGGAAACUAUCCACAAAUACAAUUAGAGAUGACUGUAAUUUGGAAUCCGUUGAAAGCAGCAAUCAGAGUUGUAAAUCCAAAAGAACCAAAAUACAUGCACCAAGAAGCUAAAUUUAAGAGACAGUUGUUCAUUAGAAAUGUUAUGAGGUUAAAAGCUAUUAUAAUGUGGUUCAUUGAAGUUGGGAAAAUAUUACAAGACUGUUUUGAAUGGGAGUCAAGAAUCCGAUCAUUCUUUGGGCUCUUGGUUUGGCUUGCAUUCUGUUAUUAUUAUGAAAUGUGGAUGUUGCCGUUUCUUAUUCUCGUCUUCUUUACUAGAAAUUGGCUCAUCUAUAGACUGACAGUUCCGUUAAAACCCAUCCCACGAAAAUCACAGAGUAGUUCAUGGACAUGCCUAUCCAUUUUUCGUAGAGGCAAUCCUUUACUAGUACCGGUUGAUGACGAAGAUUUGCUAGCAGAAGAAGACGAUGAAGAUGAUGGUGAUAAGGAGGAAAAAAAAUCUUUAAAAGAAAGACUGCAGGCAAUCCAAGAAGUUACACAGACUGUGCAAAAUGCUAUUGGAUACGUUGCAUCUUUAGGAGAAGCUGUUAAAAACUUAAUGAAUUUCACAGUGCCAUAUCUGAGUUAUAUAGCAAUAAUAAUGUUGUUUGGAGCAAUGUUAGUUCUGUAUGUAAUACCAUUAAGGUAUCUUUUAAUGGCGUGGGGUAUUAAUAAGUUUACUCGAAAGAUUUUAAGACCACACACGAUACCAAACAACGAAGUCUUAGACUUACUUUCGAGGAUACCAGACGAUGAAACACUUUUGGACUGCCGAGAGCUAAAACCACACCCUCCGAGUGAACACCGACGGGAUGCAAGAAAGAAACACAAAGUGUCGUAACACAGUCCGUUAACGAUCCGGGAAAGGAUCAGACGUUUUAUUUCUAAGGCAACUAGUACGAAAAACAACAAGGAAUAACUUAGCUAUCCGAUCGACUUGCCAAACAGUUAAAAGUGAUGAUAAACCCAUUGUGAUUUUCCCUAUCCAUAUCUUAAAUAGCAAGCAAGAUAUUAUAGAUUUUAUAUUUAAAAGACUUUCACGAACGGAUUAGUCUGGUGAAAGCUACUUAAAAAAAGAUUGCAAUAUAAUAUUGUUGUUUUUAAAACCGUAUAAUAAAAAUUAUGAUACAUGUAGGUACCUAUUUAUAAACUAUGACUAUCAUAAUAAUUUGCACAAUGUUCAUGAAAAUUGGGCAGGUUCCAUUUGUCCACAAAUUCCAUAAUCAUUAAGUACAUUAAUUAAAAAAAGAAUCCAUAUUUUUGUUACAAAAAUAAUUACAAACAUUAUUUUUAAGGUUUUCCUAUAUUUUGUGUGCUUGAUUGUAGCUGGAGGAGUUCAGAUUGUGGUAAUAAACUGUGAUUCUGAAAGAUCUAAUGCUAAAUUAAUUAUUGAAUUAAUUGUAGCAGUCAACAUGACACCAACUACUGAUAAGGUUAGGAUAAUAAAAGCUGCUAUGGAGUAUGGUCCAAUAAUACCUAUCUAUGCGCCAUGAACAAAUAACACAGUAAGUGAGAUAGUUUGCUAGAAAAAUAACAAAAACUAAUUUUCGUCCUCUAUUGAAAACCUCCAUAGCGCUCUGAAGUAUAAAAUUAUAAAUGCAUGUAAGUCC